UUCUAAUUCUGCAUAUUUGAGGUCCGUGAUUAUUUUGACUCCCUGGAUGGAAAUGUUGCGCGGGAAAUCAAUCUAUCCCAUGGAUCUGGUCAGGUGGCGAACCCUGGAAGUUUUGGUUGGAUGAUGGAUGGAUUGUGUGAUGGUGCAGGAGAUAUUUUUAGAUUCAUCGCAUUCGCUGUAACUCUUCAUAAAGUAUUUAGUAAUGGUAAAUCCAGCCCUGGUGCUAGCUAUUCAUUAUUAGAUUCUAAAAUUCAAAUGGAAGUCUGUUCACGCUUUCCUUCAGACGGGAUAAAGCCUGGAGGGCUUAGGAGUAAAUUGUAUCAAGCCUACAUCAAGUAUAGGAGACCAGUACAGAUAAUGGUCCUAAUAAGCCUACAGUCUCUCUUAUCCUCAGUACUAUGGAACUAUUUUAUGAUAAAUUAUCAUAAUAUUCUGGAAACUAAUAUGGAAUCCGUUUUUACAGGUAAUGUUAACUACAGCGCUAUAGUGUCAACACAGAAUACUAUUCUAAAAUCUUCAACAAUGUGGAUUAUUUGCUAUUUCUGGAGGCUCGUAAACCCGCAGAACAUGACACAGAUUCAGCUGCUUGUUGUACUGUACGGGAAAGAGGUUGAGUACUUGACAAGUUUUCAACUCAUUGGGUACAUACCUGUAGCCGUUGUAGGACUUCUCUCCUACCUCCACCUGUCCUAUGUUUAUGAACUAGUUUCUACAGCCGCCACAUAUAUAUAAAAUUAUACAAUAUUGUCCGUAUAUAAGAAACUAAAUGGGAAUGUUAUAACGUUAUUUCAAUCCAUUCUUUAUUUUUAAAACAGGAAGUCCGAUUCACAACAGUACACUUACAAACUUAGUUUAGACAAAAAUGACAAAAAUAUUUAUCAUUUUAUUUUUGAAAAUGAAUUGUAUUUGAUUGUGUUUUCCUGUUCACUGACUUGCGGGUUUUUCUUCAGCGACCAUGGAUGAAGUGGCCAAAAUUAAACUUUUUCAAGCUAGAAUAAACUAAUACAGGCGAUAUCUUCCAAAUUAUAGAUCCGGUGAAGGACUAAACAGUACGGUUGUGAAUCAGUUAUGCCAGUCUUGUUAAGGGUGAAACUGUUUAGUAAAAAUGUCUCGAGUCUCUCCGUCACGAGAACAACAUUAAAUAUACGAUUGUAAGAUUG